AUGGCAACUGCCGGGGAGUAUGUCGUCAUUGUCAUCAACGGAAUCAGCAUCGUGGUGACUGUUGUCGGUGGCCUCCUCACCAUACUGGUCAUCUGGACACGUCCAGCCCUACGGAAACUGGUCAACGCGCCUCUGGCCAGUCUUAGUUGUGCAGAUAUCCUCUACGCCACGUUGUUUUCGCCCUUUUGGAUCCAGCAGAUCCUAAACCCCCAAUGGGAGCCCCCACCAGCACUGUGCUGGUUUCUAGGCUAUUCCAUUGUCGUGCUAGGGGGGGUGUCGGUAACCCACAUGUUGUGUAUUGCUCUUCAGCGUUACUUCAAGAUCUGUACCAACAGUACACGUCUCAAUUCCACACGUGCCCUCGUCAUCAUGCUCUUGCUCACAUGGUUGGUCCCCAUGGUUUCAUUCUUGCCACUUUACGUCGUUGAAGAACCCAAAGUCGAUCCAAAGCUGAAACGGUGUUCGUUGGGAAGAUCUGACAAACUCUGGGCAAAGAUUCCCCCAGCCAUUUUAGUCUACGUCCUCCCAUACAUUGCUGCCCUGGCCUUUUACACCCUCAUCCAGAACCAUGUGAGGAAGAGUAAGAAACGAGUCCAGGCUAACGCACACGGUCCCUCAGCCCGUUUGGCAGUGGUACUACGGGGGGCCAGUAGAGGUGCAGGGCCUUCAACCAUCAAAGAAACCAUCCAGGUGACAAAGCCUGUAGGAAAUCUAGAGGGUGUGGUGUGGGUGGGGGACGAAAUGUCCACAUCAAGUGAUGACGGACAGAAAAGCAGUAACUGCACAGAUCCAAGUAAACAAAAGAGCACCAUGAUCUUAGUCGCUCCAGCACCAGGCACUGGUCAAAACGACCAAGGCAAAAAAUCUCCCUUAAGUGAUGAGGAACAGAAGGGCAAUUGCCGCAUAGAGCAGGAUAAAGUCCAAAACAUGACCCUAACUGCCGCCACAGUGUCAGAUCAGACAGGCAAAACUGAACGACAGCAGCACGCUGUCCCUUUCAGCAGCUCACAAAACUGUAACAGUGCUGCCGAAAGGCAGAUCACCAAAAUGAUGAUGAUGCUGUUUGCUGUCUACACUCUGUGCUUUAUGCCCUUGACCCUGAUGGUGUUUUUUUCGAGUAAAGUUCCAGCCGAAGCCUUUACUGUUGGCCAGCUGUUGGCCGCAUUGAAUGGUGCCCUGAACCCGAUCGUAUACGGCGUCAUGAACAAAAACAUUCGCCAGGGGUACAAGAAUAUCUGGGACAGGGUCCUCAACUUCAUAAUGUGA